AUUUGCACUCUUUUCGCAGUGAACCCUGGAGUUGGCUACGUGAUUUAUUUCCUAAUGAAAUGACGUCUUUUAAUUGCAAUAACACCAGAACCUCUCGGAAACAGGGGGACGCCAUUCACCACACCACCAAUUCUGAGCUACAGACAAGGAGACAAGGAGAACGAAAAUAACCGAGAAGCAAGCGUAAUAUCUCCCAGAAACUGGCCACCGCUGUGCCGCAGAAAUGCAGUGAUGAGCGCACGGUGUGAAUCCCCUCACCGAUGCAUCCUUUAAAUUUUCAAUGCUGCUAUAUCUGCUCAGACACAUGCGGGAGAGACUGAUGGAAGGCUUAGCACUCGGUCUAGUCACAGAUUGAUCAAAUGUCUUUUUCACGACCGAGACUGCUAUAUACCUUUUGGAUACACAAAUGGCUUCUAGUUUGAGGGGUACGCAUAACAAUCUGCAUAUUUUGGACAUCAGUGAAGGGGACAGGGCUCGCGCGUUGGGCUUGCUUGAAUGGAUAGGUGUGGGGGAUACAGGAUGUUACUGGAAAAAUGGGAAGACACCUGGCUUGGAUGGAUUCUUCACUAAGUGUCUGAUAUCAGUAGGAAUGCUUUUACUUGUCCUGCAAUCGGCACUGGCUACAGACGGUGAAGGGAAUUAUGAGGCAUCUGGGUUCUCAGCCCCACUGCAGGAUCCAGCAGCUUCUGCAGGUCCUGCUCACCUGUUGGCCAGGUUAAUGCGGGAGGAGGAGGUGUCUUCAUCGGUCCACCACACAGACCCACCAGGGGUAGCAGAGAGCACAAGAGAGCAGCCUGCUUUCUCAUCCAUCCUGACCAUGUUGGCCAGCACGGUCGAAAGACCGCAGACAUUAGUGUUGUCACAAUCUUCCCCAGUUAUCUCCAACCAAACAAACCAAUGGCCCUCAGAGGAUCCAGCCAGAGGAAUCGAGCCUUCGUCUUCAGCCCCAGCUGUAACCAGCAUCCUUUCCUCCAGCUCAGAGGAAACAACAAUGAAUGAUUCAUCUGAAGCCCCAGUGUCUUUACUGUCAACAUCUGGGGAAGGAGACACCUCCCUUGCAAAGAAUGCAACCACCUCCCACACAAGUAAUACUACCAUCUUCAGAAAAGCUGAAAACACAUCCACACCAGUGGCAUCUACUGCCAUAGUGCGCACCACUCAGGAGACUUUAACAAAUGCUACUCUUCAUCUCACAACUGUGACCACCACAAAUGUGGACUCCACCACUGAGGUUGCGAAGACCACGACCAGCACCACAAUGCAGCCAACCAGCACUGCUCAGAUGACCGUGACUGCGACCAAUGUAGUGACCACAGAUAAAAUCACCACCACAACCUCCACAAUGACAACAACCCCCCUGACCUCUACAAUCAGCAUCACCACCCAAAGUCCCAAGAUUGCUACACCCACAGCUGACCUCCAUAUCACUUCCACCACUGAAGUUCCUCUGUUGCAGUGCAACAUCACAGAGGAAAUAUGGGUAAAAACAGUUUUGUCCAUACACCUGAGGAGGAACCGGCUUGAUAACACACUGAAACAGAAUCUCCCAAAAGGCCUCACGCAAGCACUGCAGAGGGCUUUCAAUGACAGCAGUGUUCAUGCCAAGGUUAUGACCUUGAGCAGCGUUUCCAACAUGACAGUGGGCUACUACGUGACAAGUGGCAGCAUGGUCUAUAUGCCCUCAGCAGUGGUAGAGUCAUUCAAUGCAUACGGCAUUGACAACUUAAUGGCUGACAUCAAGCAGUUUGUGCCUGCAGUGCAGUCCCUCCCUGUCACUGCAACUCCCUGGGUGCCCAGUCCAGCCAUUAACUUGCAGCUGAAAACUGUCCUCAGGUUUGUAGCUCCAGAGGAUGAUAUAAAAUCCUGCAGUUUUGCACAGAGGAUGGAGCAGCGACUGGAGAACGCAUUUGCUGAAGCCGAGUCGAAGGUGUUGAAUUCUUACAGCAGACUUUCUGUUCAGAUCCUGAGCACUUUACCAUCAUUGGGUUCUCCGGUUGUGUCCCUGAUCUAUUCGGUCCAAAAUGGCAGCACCACUCUGAAUGGCACCUUCUCCAGCAACCUCCUCAACCAACUCACCACCGAGCUGGUGGGCUACUUCCUCCUAUUCCCCCCAUUCAUCAUCGCUGAGCCCCUAGAGUACCAUAACCUUAACACCUCUGCAGCAACUAGAGUCUACUGGGUAAUCACAGUAAUUCAGGAUGUUGACAACUCCUCUCUGGAGGGGAAUUACCAGAGCUUUGCCAGUUUAAUGGAGCAGCGCUUGGCGGAGCUCUUCGUUGUUGCCCACCAGGAGGGAACAAGGUUCAGGAGGGCCACCACAGUGGGGAGCUACACUGUCCAGAUGGUCAGCAUCAGACGAGUCCUUGGACCAAAGAGCCCAGCUGAAAUGACAUACUAUGUGCAGCUGAAUGGCAUUCCGCUCCCUGGAACCUCUGCUGCCAAGAUCCUGAACACAGUGGACUCCCAGACUGCAGCCCUCACGCUAGGCUACUUUGUACAGCUCCAGGCCGAACCUGUGGUGAAGGACCCGCCCAACAACCUGUGGAUCAUUGCUGCAGUGCUGGCACCCAUUGGCGUGGUGACGGUCAUCAUCAUUAUCAUCACUGCCGUACUGUGCAGGAAGAACAAAGGUGACUUCAAGGCAGAUGCCAUGGGGAACAUUAACCCCCGAGCUAAGACAGCAUAUCGGAGGGAGGCCAGUUAUUACCACCAGCCCGUGCAAGGGUUUGACUACGCCAAACAGCACCUUGGCCAGCAAGGCGGUGAUGAGGAGGCCCUCCCUGUAACCCAGGAAACUAUGAUCCUACCUCUCCCCAUCCGGGAUGCCCCCCUGGUGCAAGAUAGGGGAAUAUACCAGGAUGGGAGCACCUCCAAAAAGACCCUGUCCAGUGAGAUCCGUAAAAGCAGGUUGCCUAGUGAGGACGGCUCCGUCAUCAGCAACGAAUCAGGGAAGCUAAACUCCGGCAGGGGAUCGUCGGUACAGAAAGUCCCAGCACAGCAGAAAAUGACAAAAGAGGAGGCGCGCAAAAGGACUGAUCCCUACGACACCUCCUCUGGCUCCCUGCAGCUCAUCUCCAUCAAACCCAUGGCUGCUCCACCCUGCUACUCACACCCAGCCUCCUCUGACCGCAGCCAGGACUCGGCCAUCCUCAAUGGAGAGGUGAGCAUGGCCCUGAAGCAGAAGUCAGACAUAGAGCACUACAGGAACAAGCUACGGCUGAAGGCCAAGAGAAAGGGCUACUAUGAUUUCCCUGCCAUUGAAACCAACAGCAAAUCCUAUGGCCUGCGGCAGAGGCAUGGCCAUGAAAACACUCAGCUGGAGCUCAACAAGGUGCUGGAUCAUGAAGAGGAGAGGGCCUCCACCUAUGUCAAAUCCAGGAGAAGACACUCUCAGAUGGGAACCCCAGCAUAUCGGAGCCGGCAAUCUUUGAACAGCCCCGGCCCGAGUGGAACUGAGAUGGACCUGCUUGUCAUGAGGGAGAGGACCCGGAGAGGGAUCCGCAACAGCGGCUAUGACACGGAGCCAGAGUUGAUUGAAGAGACCAACGUGGAUCGCCUUGUGAGUGCCAGGGGCUACAUCACUGGGCAACAGGUCAAAGGUCAUUCGGAGACGUCCACCCUGAGCUCGCAGCCCUCCAUCGAUGAGGUGCGGCAGCAGAUGCACCUGCUCCUGGAGGAGGCCUUCAGCCUGGCCUCAGCCGGCCACUCCACGGGCGGAUGCCACCAGCACCACCACCUUCAUCAUGGCCCCUGCAGCCCGGGACAGCCAAUCCCGUACUCCGAGGUGGUGACCAGCGCCCCCGGGACCAUGAGCAGGCCCCGGGGUGGGCUGCAGUGGGUGCCGGCCUACGGACCGGACAUGUACCAGUGCAGCCCACCCAAGCCUGCUUUCAGGUUCACCCAGCUGCCUGAUAUGGCUAUGGGCUCCCCACCGCCCCCCAUACCACCCAGAACGGGACCCCAUUCUGGGCCGUCUCUGAGACGCUCCACAUCUGACAUUGGCCCUAAAGCCCGGACCUCAGAGUCUUCAGUCCCUGACACACAGAGUCAGCUCGACAGUGACCCUUAUGUGCCACUCACCCGACUGCCCCUCCCUGCUGUCACUGCAGACCAGUCCAUGCCACACUACUCAGGAAACCCAAUAACAGCAGUGUAUGCCAUACCAGCCAACCGGUCUGGCUACUCUGGCUACUUCGCCCCUACGCCCCCGUCCUCCUAUAGGAGCCCGUCCUGGAUGUCCUACCCACCAGAGCCAGACGACCUCCCUCACCAGUGGGCUGACUCUGUACCCCUGCCGGGGUAUGCGGAGGCCUUCCCUCAUCCUCGUUACCCACAGAGCAGCCCCAUCAUGCUGCCCUGGCAGUACAGCCAGGCCUCAUCUGUGCAUGGCAUCCUGGACCAACCCCCUACGCCCUCCACUGUCACCUCCCAGCAGAGCCUGACGGAUGCCGGUGAUAUCUCCGGCACCUCCCUCAGCAAGAUCACCACUUCUGCCCUGGUCAAGGCCAUCCGAGAGGAGGUGGCAAAGCUGGCCAAGAAGCAGUCGGACAUGUUCGAGUUUCAGGUCUAGCACCCCCCAGGGACAUGGAGGCCAAAAUAUAUAUUUUUAUGUACUCUUGACAUUGAAGCCAGGACUCUACCAAGCUGGACAAAGCCACAAAACUGCUUUUUUGAUGUCUGUUAUUAAGAUUGA